GUUUUGUUUUGUUUCGGUUUUUCCUGGCGGUUGUGGACGUUCUUCCACUUUUUCUUUUCAGCUACGUGAAUCAGCCAUCGCCCGCUUCGUUUCUCGGGCUCGACUCGUCACCGAAGUUUCCAGCACUAACGGACUUCAUCCCGGGCCCUUAAAUCUCACGGGCACUCCGGGCAACGCACACAACGUUCACGAUGUGCGAGAGAGGUGACGCUGCGCCAACCUUCGUCAAGCUGGUCGUCAGGACCGAAGGGAGCCCGUUGUACUCGGAGCGCAAGUUCCCCGUCACAAACACGAUUCGCGAGAUCAAACAGAAGCUGGAACUUCUCACAGGUGCAUCUGCCAACUCAAUGAGGCUGGAGCUGCGUGACUCUGACGAUGAGAACAUCAUCAAGAACCUCACGGACGAUGACAGUGCAUGUCUGGAUGCCUACCCCAUCUGCGAUGGCCUCGUGCUGCACGUUUCUGACCCGCUGUUGAAUACCGACGAAUUUAAGGACCUCUCAAAAGUGCAGAAGGUGCAGCUGUCCGAGGAGGCCUACAACCGACGCAACGACACGGCACGAGCGUUCCUGCAGAAGCACGGGCUUGGUCGUUACAACGAGGACGCGCAGGAGAUGGCCCGCAGGUUGGAGGAAGAGAAGGCGCGCAAGCAGAAGGAAAUACUGAAGGUCAUUCACGUCGGGAACCGCUGCGAAGUGGUCGGCAUCCCCGGUCAGCCGAGGCGGCGCGGGACCGUUGCCUACGUCGGCGAGGUCGACUUCAAGCCGGGUGUCUGGGUCGGCGUCCGGUACGACCUUCCGCUGGGCAAGAACGACGGCAGCGUAGCGGGAAAGCGGUACUUUGAGUGCCCCCCCAACUACGGCGGCUUCGUGCGCCCCGCCGAUCUCGUCCUCGGAAACUUCCUGCCCGAGGGCGAUUGCACCGACGGCGGCGAAAUAGACCUCGAUGAAGAACUGUAGUGAAAGAUGCAUAGUUUCUUUCGCGCACAGCGCUUUGCGCUUGUAGUUCGUUUUACACCACUUUGUAAAAUUUUUUUUUGUUCUUUUUCGAAAUGGGAUUUUUUUUCCAUUUUUGCUCACUCCAUAGCGCAUAGUGUGUGUUGUCAGGUUUCGAAGGGGGCAAGAAACUCGCGAGGGGGAGUAACCACCGACGUUUACGAAGGAUUAUUCGGUUUAAGUGAGGGUAUGGCUGAUGUGCUAAUGUAGAAUAGAUGGAAAAACGUGACCAGCUUGUUUUAUACGAAGUGAAUCUCCUGUGAAAGGUCAUGUUUUGAAAAAGAUCGAAGUACGGGACUAGUGAGCUUUGCAGAAGUUUGUUUUUAGAACCAGUGGCCAUUCACA